AGCCUACAAGUCAUCAAAUGCCCUCAAAUCCAACAAGUCCAAUAAUUUCCCCAAAGCAGUUAUCAGAAAAUGGAUUCAUCUAUGAAUAAGUCGAUAGUGGCUUGUAAGAAUCAACAAGCAACAAGUCAUUCUGAUGCACAAGAAGAGAGUGGAUGGACAACUUAUUUGGAGGACUUUUCAAUGGAACAUAACAACAAUUAUAGGGAAAAUAACUCAUGUUCUGAGGAUGAUGAUGAUGAUAGUUAUGGAAGCCCUUCUUUGUUGUCUGAUGCUGCUUCUCAUGCUGCUUGGAAGAAUUGUAACAAUCAAGUUAUGAAUCCCAUGGGUGGCUCACCAUUUCUUAAGAGAUUGAAUAUGAAGAAACCAAGGAACAAAAAAAUCUCUGAUCCUGAUUUAGAAGACACUGCUAGCUCACCUGUCAAUAGUCCUACGGUGAGUAGCUUUAAGCAGAUGGAGAUCAAUUACCGAAGAGCAGACAACAGUAUUGGAAAUUUUCUGGAAAAUGAAGGUGGCUCUAGGCAACAUCAAGAAAUGGAAACAGUUGAAAGAAAGAGUACUAUUUGUAUUGAUGAAAAGAACAAAAGCUAUAUGGACUUGAAGAAGAAGGGACUUUGUUUGGUGCCUUUGUCCAUGUUAGUCAACUAUAGAGGCUGAUGAUCUUCAGAAAAAUAAAAACUCUCCUUAAUUCCUCUCUCAACAUGUAAAAAUGUUUUUUCUGUUUUUGAAGGGAAAGGAAUGUAUUAGUAUGAAAUAGUUGAAUGUAAGUAAGACUUUUUUGUUUCCAAGCAGCAUGAGAACCAACAAUAAGAAAGAUGGAAACAAGUUUGUGAAUGAGGUACUUCUUCUCUUGCACAUGUGUUAUUGGACAGGUCCCAAUUUUUUAUUAAAAUAUACUAUACCUAGUGAAGAUUUACACGA